AUGGAUAAAGCUAUUUUAAUUGUUUUGUUCUGGAGUCUUUGUAUUCUAGUGCAUUUGGAAGGACUACCAAUCAGCAAGAGGUCCAUCAGUGAAGUCCAGCUGAUGCACAAUGUUGGAGAACACAAGCAAGCAGUGGAAAGGCAGGACUGGCUUCAAGUAAAGCUGAAGACUGUAAUCAUACCCAGUAUCAAUGACUCACAAAAAAGACAAAAGGGGAAAACCAGGACUCUUUCUUCAGAUUUCCAAGCCUGGGGCAGUCCAGUCCUGAUCUCAAGUUAA